ACUCCCUAUAAAACCCCGGGUUCACGUGAAGCUGUGAUGUCACACUUUAAGUUCGAAGAGGUACGCAUCGUGUCGUUUUCCGCUCCAGGAUACAUUCCAAGCCAGCAGCUAUGGCCUUCCAGUCCAAUGUGAUCAGCUCCCAGCCCCAGGUCUCCGUCACCAGCUACUCUGUGACUUCAGGCUCCACCGACUGGAGCUCCAAUUCCUGUGACUGCUUUGAAGACUGUGGAAUAUGUCUUUGUGCCACCUUCAUACCUUGUAUCCUGGCCAUUCAAGUGGCGCAGGACAACGGGGACAGCUGCUGCGUGCCCUUCCUCCCCGGGGCCAUGAUCGCCCUGAGGACCAGCAUGCGUGGCCGCUACCGCAUUAGCGGCUCAGUGUGUGAUGACUGGGUGGUGAUGGCCUGCCUGCCCCUCUGUGGACUGUGCCAGAUGGCACGGGAGCAGAAGAUGAGAGGAUGAUUCAACUCAAGGGAUUAAAAGUCACUGUGCUAUUCUUGUUAGUAACAGAGCAGAAAGAGUUCAUAAGGCAUGUUCUCUUGGUCCCGACAGCCUUUCUGUUUUCUCUAAAGACUCAGUCUUUAAUUAAACAAAUCGAUUCAUGUAAUGUUAUUAAUUAAUGAGUUUUUUUUGUGAUUCAUUCUUUUUGAGUAAAUAAAUAAAACAUCUAUAGAGAAUGAUAAUUAUGUUAUAAUAUCUUUAAUGUCAUUUGAUAUAAAAAAAAAAAUGUUUAUUUAUUUUGGACCUUUGGAUAAUUUCUUCAGAUGAAAAGCUUUGUUUGCAGAACAGAAAAAUGGAAACUACACAUCGUAUUCUGUGAAUAAAGGAGCUGUGUGAUAAGCGUGUCAUAUUGUGCCAUUACUGCUGGUCUAAUACGGCAUGCAGGAAGACUCGUCACUCCUCUCCUAAUGCUCUGCACCCCAGUGAGAGUCCAGCAAUGCAAGGUGCACACCAUAUUGGAGAACUUGCGCAGGUAAGAGGACCAUGCUAACCUUGUUACUGUGCUCAUGUAUUUUAUUGAUUCAACAUUACUUGUGAUAUAAGGCCCUUGUAUUGUAGAGAUUAUCCUUUUACGUGCCUUUUAUUUGAACGUAUUGAAAAUUGUUAUGCAGAUGAAUGUU